AGGUGAGGCGACAGCUGCGUGAUGACGUGUCCACGCCUCUGCGCCUCACAGGUGUGUUCAUUUAGAGGUUAAUCUUAAUCAGCGUCUUCUGGUGUCCGAGCAGAAAAAAAAGCAGGUGAUGUUGGACGGAAAAGCGCGUUGAACUUUUCGGAUUCAACAAUUUCUACAAACACAAUGAGUGACUCAGAACAACAACAGGAGUCGGAUAAAGUGGAUGAAGCUCAGUGGCCUGAGAAUGGAGAUGCGUGGAGUGACGCAGAGGAUGAUGCGGGGAUGGACUGCGAGCUGCUGCAGGCCAUGACCGAGGAGGACGAGGACAUAAAUGUCUUCAAUGAGGAGACAUUUGGGAUGGAUCUCGACCCACAUGGGACGACGGAAUCGUCGGCUGAUGGUGCCGUUUCCUUUGAGGAGCCGCCGCCGUCUCCUCCGCUGCGGCCGGAUCCCAAACCUCCGUCGCCUCCCAGGCAGAAGCCGCUGCAUCCGGCCCGGGUCUCCCCGUGGCAGCGGGGUCAGAGGUCGAGGUGGAGGGGAGGGCUGGGCAGGGGGCAGAUGUUUGAAGACCCAGCCGUGAUUAGAAUAGUGGAGGGACGACCGAGCCUCAUGAGUCUGGACAGCGCCAUAGUGGACUGUGGGCACGCCGUGUUCAGGAAUACCUCUGUGGAUGACAGGAUGACGCCUCCUUACUGGAAAAACCGUAGAGUUUCUGGAUCAAUACUCCAGGACAGCGCCAUAGUGUGUGUGAUCGGUCACAGAGGGCGGGGUCAGCAUGUGAACUCUGACUUCCUGGAUCUACCGUAUCCCGUCUCUUCCUACGGAGUCCAGAGAGGCGAACCCAGAAGAUCGUACUCCAGGAGGGUAUUUGGCCAAAGAGGGCCCUCUCAGAUUAAUGCACCAGUGAUGCCAAGAUCACCCAUCUUCUCACGGCAACCCCUGACCCCACGGCAACACUUGAAUCAGGUUUUAUUAAACCCUCGUCACUUAAGAGCAGAGACGGGAGGAUUCAUGUUCCCUCCAAACCGCUCUUGCCCCUCCACUCCUCGGCCUCUGGCCCCAAAGACCAUGCAGCUUCGCUUCGGUGCCAACUCUCCCAGACCGUCCCCGUUUUACAGCCCGUCAACCAACCCGGUGCAGAUGUUCAGCAGUUUCCCUGGUCCGGUCACGCAGCUCCAUCCUCAACAUAAACGGCUUCUCAGUCAAAAGCAGCGUCUGUUUCACAGAAAAUGUGAAGGCUGGGACCCUUAUUCUAACCUCAUGACGGACAAAGAAAAGGAGUGGAUCAUUCGCCUGCAGAUGAUUCAGCUGCAAAGCGAGAAUCCGUACCUCGAGGACUAUUAUUACCAGGAGUAUUAUCGUCGAUUAGAAGCCAAGAUGGCCGAAGAAGAGCUGGGCAUCAGGAGUAAGAAGGAGCCACCCAAACUCACCACACCGUACAUCACCAAGAUGGAAGCCUACACACCAGUGGUCCACAUCGAAGGCUCUUUGGGUCAAGUCGCUGUCUCCACGUGUUAUUCUCCACGCCGUGCCAUCGGUGCGGUCCAUGCAGUCCAAAGUCACAACCCUCUCGAGGAACAAAAAGACACCAGACAACAGCGACUAGAGAUUCUCAGCAAAAUAGAAAAGUUGUUAAUAGUUUUGCUGGAGGUUGAAGAAACUGAGAGGAUGAAGACCACAGUUUUGUCUGAAGCAGAAGAAAUAAGAUUAAUGGAAAAAACUCAGAGGAAAGUGGAGUACAUCUACUCUCAGCUGCAGCAACACAACACUGCAGAUUCUGGAGACGAGUUUCUUCCUUUCUUGAGUGUCUCGAAGGGCAAAAAGCUUCUCGCUCGUCUGCUGCCCUUCUUGAAGAACGAUUCAGCGCUGAAGAUCUUGCACAUCGUCGCCUCCAACCUUCCUACGCUGAUAAGCAGAGACACCGAGGAGUUCUUAUGGUUUCAGGACCUUCCUGUUCUUUACCCGUCACUCCGAAAUGUGAUCGGCGUUCUGACGUUCAGUCAGCUCAUCAACGUUCUCAAAGACCUGACGUCUUCAGAGUCUCUGUCGACCUUCGAGUGCCUCUCUCUGACCUGUCAGAACAAGUUUGGACUCAGCUUGCUGUACGCUCUUCUUUCCCACGGAGAGAAGCUUCUUUCCUCGGGCGUUCCUCUUGAGCCCAGCAUUGGCGACUUUGAGACCUGGACUGACAUGAUUUUCCAGGUAGCGGGACAGUUGUCCCAGUGUUCGCUGGUGGAGCCGCUGCUCCUCCCGUCAAACCUGCUGACGCUCUUUUGCCGGUACCUUGACAAGCGUACCGUGCAUCAACUAAAAAGCAACUUGGAGUCUGCAACCAGCUGCCUGGCUCUCCCAUCUUAAGGAAACUGGCUAAAAAGACGCCCAGUUAAACUCCAGGUUUGUUGGACCCAAAAUGGAGGAAGCAGAGUCUUCAGUACCAAGUAUAACAGAAGUUGUGUAAUAUAUUUUUUGUUUAAAAUCCUCACCCUCACUUCAUCACAUUUUGCAUCUUAAACUGUUUCCCUUUUUUAUUUCCUUUGUUUGCUUUUCCUCCCUUUAGCCUCCACAAAGCAGCUUAAACCCAUUUCUUUUAACGUUUCUAACAUUACCAGAACGAUCAAUUUAAAAUGAGUUUCAUAAUUUCUAAUACUGGAUCUAUGUUAACUUGUCAACCCAACAUUAGGUAAUGCAGUUUUGUAAGAUUGUAAAAAUGUGUUGUGAAAUGCUAAAUGGGAUUUGUUUGGCACAAUUUUCAAUCUUAAGUUUCAUCUGUAAAAAAUGUAUUUUAUUUAUUGUAUUAAUUUGGAAAUGGAAAUGAUUUAAAUAGCACACUUGUAGAGCACUUGCAAUAUGAAUAAAAAAUUCUCAAAUUUGA